AUGUCUCUGGAUCUGGCAAUCUACAUAGUAUAUGUUCUCGUAAAUUCGCUCAUUGUGAUUUUGAAUGUCGUUGUGAUAUGGGCAGCUGUGGAGAGCCGCGAGUUACGGCAUAAUCCUGCCAUACAUAUUGUCCUCACCGCUAUCAUUUGCCAACGAAUACAAAUUUCUAACAUUGCAGCACCUUUGUAUACCAGAUAUUGCGGCUUUGCUUACCUCGUGUCUGGACACUAUUGGUACUUUGACUUUGAAAAGCCGUACACCUACUUUUAUAAGGAGUUGAAUCAGAUAUUACAGAUAGGGUGCGGAGCGUUCGUACUGAUCUCCGAUAUAAUUAUAAUUUUCAAAAUUAUUCGACUACGCGCGCUUGAAUUGCAUGAGCAAAGUGGGAACGGAUUUUUGAAGGAUUGGAAAUUUGGGACAGAGAGUCGAAUUGCAAUAAACUUCCUCGUAAUGAGCAGCUGCUAUCUGUUUAUGAGCGCCUUCUUCAAUAUUGAUAUGGGAUACGGAUUCUGGCAUAUUUUAAUCUUAAAAUUGUCCACACUGCUCAAUUUGUCGAAGUGGGCGCUAUAUUUGCUGGCAAAUACUUCUAUUUACAAAGUUAUCGGCAGGAAAUUGGGUGUACAGUCACAUCAUCACAUUCCUCCCUCAAUGACAAACCGCACACAAUUUUAG